GUAUAAAACGAAAGAGAUGCUAAAUACACGAAAUUACAACGAACAAAAAAAUGACAGCAGUAUACGUAACAAACAUAAUAUUACAUGAUUACAACCGGCAAAAUUUUAUGCAAAAAUAUUUGCAAUUUAAUUAAAAAAAACCACAACAAUAAAUAAAUAAAAACUAUGCCGCAACUAGCAGAAACCAAAGACUUAAUAUCUGUGAUUAUUACGGUUUUAAAUGGUGGCCAAUGGAUAGAUAGUUGUAUGGAAUCGAUUAUUAAACAAACAGCUGUACAAUCACAGCAAAACCAACAACUGCAGGCAACAACACAUAAAUUGCAUUCAGAUGAAGCGCAGAAUCCAUUUAUGUCAACCAUGACCAACUCACCAAAUACAACAAUAACAACUCUAGCAUGUGCUGCCACAACAACAACACCAAAUAAUAUAGCAACAAGUAAUUUACACGAUUUAGCGCCAAUAAUUGAGGUUUGUGUCUUUGAUGACUGUAGUAAUGAUAACACUCUUAAAAUACUUAACAAAUGGCGGGCUCAUUUAAGAGAACAUUACAAUAUUAACAUGCAUAUUGUGGAGAAUAAAGCGGGUAAAUCAAAAGGAGUGGGCUAUGGUCGCAAUAGAGCCAUAGAAGCUUCCGAAGGCAAUUAUUUAUGUUUUCAAGAUAUAGAUGAUGAAAUGCUACCGGCACGUAUUUGCCAACAGUAUCAUUUAGCAAAGCAAUACAAAAAUGCGAUAAUUGGCUCCAAAUUUAUACGCACACCCAGUAAUUCCACUUGCCGCUUUACCCGUUGGGCCAAUGAUUUACACUCGGAUAAAUUAAUUUUACAAAUCUACACCUCAAAUGGUCCCACUAUCAUUAUGCCCACCUGGCUGUGUCAUCGUCAAGUUUACACAAACAUAGCGGGAGGCUUUUCGGAAGAAGGCAAAGGUUGCCCCGAAGACUUAAUAUUUUUCUAUCAACAUUUAGACAAUAAAGGCCUAGUAAAACGGGCAGAAGAAUGUUUGCUAAAAUAUCGUUAUCACUCAGGGGCUACCACAUUUAGCGUGUCAGCCAAAACUAUUUGGCAUAUAAGACUUAAGCAUUUAUUGGUUAAUGUCUUAAAGAAGCCACCCUGGUGUAAGGGAUUUUCUAUAUGGAAUGCUGGCAAGCAGGGUAGAAAAUUCUUUAGAGAUUUGCCCGAAGAGCAAAAGAAAAAUGUGCAAACAUUUUGUGAUGUAGAUAAAAAUAAAAUCCAGAAAUUGUAUAAAUAUUAUGAUGGCGCCUUAAGACAGACCACAUUUUCCAUACCAAUUGUACACUUUUCUAAAGUUCAGCCUCCCGUAGUGAUAUGCAUGAAAUUGGAUUUAACCAAUGGUGAUUUCGAAAUGAAUUUACAAAGUCUGCAGUUUAUUGAGGGGCAAGAUUAUAUAUUAUUUACUUAA